GGACUAGGUACUUCUUCCAGACACGAGCACGCAGACCGUGUCGUCGCGGCCCCCAUUCCAGCCAUCAUGGCCGACGAUGAUGAUCCUGUCAUUGCCUCCUACGAUGUCUGCUUGACCAACAGCAACUCGUCAGUUGCCCGAGAUUCCUCCAAGUUGUAUCUCCUCCAGUAUCCAUCCCACCGCCCUUACCACAAACCAUACAAUGCCACAAUGGCGCAAACUCCAACUGCUCUUCGUCUCAAACCAGAAGCUGGUUUCAUAGAAGUCGACAUCCCUAUGGGCCAAAAAUAUUACAGUGAAGUUGCCGGCGAAAGAUUUGGGAAAGCCGUGGCAGAGAGCCGCACCAUCAAUGCGGGAGGUUCAUUUGGGCUGGCCGGUGGCUUUGGGGCGGGCACAGCACAAACCAGACUGAAAGAUAUUCCUAUGCAUGAUCAAUAUGCCGCACCUGCGCCGCGGCUUGAAACUCAAACCCUGGGGGGCAAAAUACCCAUCCAGAGCACUCGCGAUCCCGUUUACCUGGUAGGGUGCUUCCACCAAAACCAGAUCCACUUAUCCUACUUGGACGCUGUUGUGCAAAUGCGGCCUCAGCUUCAUCACAUUGAUGCUGAAGAUGAAACCAACCAGAGACGAUUUGCAGGGGGUAGUAAUACUGGUUCGUCCCGCCAAAAGCCUGGUUUGGAGCCGCCUGCACCAAAGGUAGAGUCGAAAGCCAUCGAGAUCAAAAUCAGAGAGACCAAGGACGAUACGAAGGACCGUACCAUGAAUGACAACGCGAGACAACUGCGAGACAUCCAGACGGACCAGUGGCAGAGUUAUAAAUGGGUGGAUGAGGACGAGCCCACUGCUAAGGCGGCGCUCGACUCGCAGAUGCGCCUCGUCUCGGAUCCAAUGCAAACCCUUCCCAAACUUCAGAGCUGUAUCAGCAACGGUGACUGGUUGGACAAAAUGAGUGCGCCCCGAGAGGAUGGCAAGAAGGGCUUGUUGGCAAAGUUACGGGGACGAGAACGAGAGCGCGCUCGAAGGAAGAAGGCCGAGGAAGAGAAGCGACAACGCCAGAAGGAGGCAAGCGGGGCAGCAUCAAGCAGUCACGGUCCGCUGCUUGGAAUGAGCGAGGACAGCGACCUGAGUAGCCCAGAUAUUACAGAUGACGAUCUUCCAGACGAGGAUUUGGCGACACGAAAGGACACGGCGGACGAUAUUCAGAUCAAGCAAGAGCCUGCUGCUCCUUUUCCACCGUCCAGAAGGAACCUUAUUUCAGCAGCCACAAAGCCGGGCCCCAGCGAUCCUCCAAAGAAGAGAGGACGACCGAGGAAAAAUCCGCCUGCAGACUCGAUACCCCUUGGCGACUAACCCUCGAAGCAGCCCGCUCAUCCUGUCUACAUGGGUGGCCUGCCCGUAGGUGGCAGUGGAGAUGCUGGCCCUUUCUUUUCUUGCUCUAGAGAGAACGAUCCUGCAGGCUUGCGAGGCAAUUAUGAUACCCCUAAGAUUAUUACCCAGUCUAAGGUUAGGGCCUAGUCCCGGCCUUAAUGAUCAUUUGAAAAAUCC